AUGGACUCAUCAAACAAACCAGCACAGGACAUGAAAAACUACAGUCAUAAUGCUGCUGUAGAGGCAGUCAGUUCUAUGAACAGAGAACUUCAGACCCUGUAUGAAAAAUACUUGGAACUCGGUGUUCGAAGUCAUUUGUUAGAAGUUGACCUUGCUACACAGUUCAGCCCUGAUGUAGUUCUUGUCCUAGAGGAUUUGAAUGAGAGCUGUAAAACCUGCAGUCAAGCAGUAGAAGAGCUAAUGAAUGUUGGUGAAAUCUCUGAAGAACACAAGAAGAAUGUGGAUGAUCAUAUGCAAGAUAACGUUUAG